AUGGCUCUCUUUCUAGCAGCCAGCAUCCUCUGGGCUCUGUGCUGGCUUCUGUACCGUGCAUGGCAAGUCUGUCAGACUCCCAACGAUCUGUUGAUAGAAAAGCUUGGUUUGGACAUACCUCCGCCCCCGGAAGUUACUCUCGAGGAAAUCACCGCUCGCGCAAUACGGAUUGCGUGGAAGCAACCCGAAUUUCAUAACUCUAUUCAUAAACACAUAAUUCAGGUUAAUGGGUCUAAAGUGGGUGAAUCCAAACGAGCGGAAACUGCGGUCGAGAUUUUGAACCUUAUUCCCGGAAGUAUAUAUCACAUCUGUGUCCAGUCAAUCAGUGCAGCAAACUUUCAGACGCCCAGUGCAGUCAUCCAUGUGCGCACCAAAUCACUUCCUGCCUCCCAGUCUGAUCAAAAUGUCCCGUCAACCGGCCCUACAAUCCGCGCUUCAGUCCCCCGUUCAACCAUCGGUCUCCCUACCUCUUCUGCCCCUCUAAUGGCCCGCGAACAUAGCGGAGGACCUUUGCAGAAACGUUCAUCCGUAGGACGCCGCCAGUCCCCUGCAUCGGGUACGACAGACGUUUCGCACAGCCAUCCAGAGACUCUACCGCACAGCGCCGCAACCUACGACCAAAAUGAGGACCUCGCUCGCCUAGCAGAUCGACUCAAAAACCUUCAGCAUGAUAACGAUGCCGUGGAAAAGCAAACCACUGAUGAAGAGGAUGAGCACAUUGCGCUUUUGAAGGAUCUGGAGAAGCAGCGGGAUGAGCUGAAGAAGCGGGUUAAAGAAAAGGAUGAGGCCAGCGGAGACCUGAAAAAACACGUCAACAAACUCGAAAGUGUCAAUCGGACAGUACAAAGUGAAAAAACAAAGCGUGAGAGGGUUCUUCAGCAGAAAGAUGCCGAUCGAAGAAAGCGGAAGAAGGACCUUGCGCGGUGGCAAGAACAAAUAGUUCGAAUAGUUGCGGAUGCCGAGCAGGCUAGGGAUGAGAAGACACGUCUUGAAGAAGAGGGAAAGCAACGUGAGGAUGAAGUGAGAGAGAAGAUUGCGAAGGAGCAAGGCGAGAUGAAAACCAUUGACGACGAAAUUCAAGACAAGGGCGGGCGGGUGAAGAAACUUGAGGAUGAGAGAAAAGGGCACCCCGAGGCAGAUGGAGAAGAUGGGAAAGAGUUAGAUCGCAUUGACAACGAGCGAGCACGACAGUGGGAAUUCAAACUUGGCCAUCUACAAGCUCGUUACGCGACACUUGUGAACCUCCAUACCCAAGCCCAGCAACAGUAUCAAGAGGCACAGGAGCGUUUCAAGUGGCUGACCUCACAAAGGGGCAAUGCAGGCCCAUUCUCUCUACCACCCCUGGAGUUGGAUCUACCCAGCGGAGCUACCAUUCGCCCACCGCGCCGCCAUCGCGGUUCGCUCAACAGCAAUGUUUCGUCUCCGAUGAAUUACUCUUCGCUGGAGCCGUUCCCUACCAGCCUGAAUUACAACCCUCCCCCCACUACUAGCUCGCCAACUUUUGCACCAGCCCCGUCUUUCUUCAACAUCAACAAUGGAAUGACCCUUCCUAGCUUGACUAGUCAGCCGGAGAGUUACCACCGCAGAGAGUCUGACUUUUCCAUCACCAACCCGCAGAUGAGCCCUCGAGCGGACGCCUUACUUCCCUCUGAUCUGCUUGGUGAUGAAGAAUCGCCAGUGUUGCCAAGGCCUAUUGUCCGGCCCCGAUUCUCAGACCAUGAACAGACCACUCCCCAGCAUGAUACCUUUCCUCCCGGGCCUCCUUCCCCAGAGUCUGCGGGGAGUCGCCCGGGAAGCCAUUUGGCUAGUCCUCAGGAAGCACAGCAGCACUCUCAAGAUGACAGCGCCGAAACGGUUCCAUUGGAGGAUGCCAGUGAGGCACCGAAACGUGCCUCAAGACGGCUGUCUGGUUUCUUUAACUUUAACCGACCCCGUGGGAAAACCCUAGCAGAAGAGCCACCUCUUUUGGGGACUCUAAAACAAGGCCAGAGCCAAUCAUUCCCAAGAGAAAUGGAUGAAGUAGACCCCAUUGGGCCUAGGCGUCGUCGCCUAAGCUACACCAGCGGCUUGGGCAACCCAAUGUCCCUACUUCCAAGAAACAAUACAACUGGAGCUACCCCAGACAGUUCGUCUGACCAUUUGCCGUCCAGACGUACUGCUAUCUCUAGUAUCUUCUCCUCGAGUAAAUUUGGAUUUGGAAGCGGUGGUGGUUUGCCCAAGGGCGAGGGCACGGCUCUCAACUCCGGUUACAACCAGUUCAGUCCUAGGCACGAUCCUAUCGACCCAUCGUCGAUAUUAGGCACGGUCCGACGGGGCUCGUUGUCCCCAAGGCCGUCGUCGACCUUCUCAUUUGACAACCAACUGCCGCAUCCGUCGACAGAUAACCGGCACUUCGGCUGGCCUACUGCUGACAAGUCUGGCCACCGAAGUCCCCUGGCGUUUGACUGGAUGUCACCGUCCACGUGGUCCAGAGCUCAAUCUCGACGUCCGUCUACUACUCAAUAUGGCUCCUCAGGUCAUCUUCCCCUAGGUUUCUCUGGCGAGCCGGAUCUCAUUGAAGACUCAUCCUUUGAGAGGCAAGGGCGGCCAUUACAGGCUCCAAUUGGUACACGGCCAUCGUCGUCUCAUCGGCCGAUAACUCCGAAAUUGAACCCAGCGGCGCCUACGUUCAGAACCAUAUUCAAGAAAUCGGACAAGAAGGACGGUAAAGAUAAGGGUGAGAGUAACGAAGACGCAGACGCAUCUUUCGAUAUGGCUUUCAAAGAUGGCUCUCCUUCAGAUUCCAGAGACUCUCGAUCAUUGUCGAGCGUUCCUCGAGGUUCGUACGAGUCACUUGAACGUAUGCCGUCUGCCGCUUCCGCAGACAACGCCAGCUCGAAGGAAUCGUUUAUCCAAAAGAUCACUCGAAAGAGCAGCACUAGCAAGUUCGGAUCCUGGAAGGAUCGCUCUGGUCUGUUCUCCAAGAAGGGGGAUGCAUCGCAGGGCGACAUUGAUGAGGACGGUGAUGGUGAGGUGCACCUCGCGAAGAGCAUCGACAGCACUCUGUCCAGCGCGCCUUCACGGAGCAGUCUCAGUUUCUUCAGCCGCAAGUCGAAGAAGUCGGACAAGGCGGCCAGUGAGACGAGCGAGCGGCCGAGCGAACGACACAGCGAGUUCGGUGAUGAUGAGAUUCCAGAGGAAGAAACUGUCUAG